AUGACAAAUAUUCUACGCUCUUUGCUCUGUUUUGCAUUUAUCCGUCGGAAUAAACCAUACGAAGACACUGGGAAAUAUGCUUAUAUCCCACAGUGCGACGAGAAAAAGCCAUCAUGCACGAAUUGCCAGCAACACUCGAUCGAGUGUGAUUUCGCAGAUUCAGCGUCUGCAUCACCGUCUUCUUCAGCGAGUCUAUCCAGCAGACGAUAUCGGUUCAAACAGUCCACAUAUAAACCAGCUUUAUCUCCUAAGGACACCGGGCAACGGACUACGACGGUAUCAAGUGGUGUCCAGUGCGACCUACCGGUUGACUACGGCAGCAGCAGCAUCUCAAUGGCAGACCUCCAGCUCUACCAUCAUUAUCUCACAUCAACCUACAAGACCUUAGUCUACGAGCCUGAAGACGUGCAUAAUGUGUACCAGAAACACAUUCCACAGUGGGGCUUCACAUUCCCUUCCGUUCUGCACCUCAUGCUCGCGAUAUCCGCGCUGCACCUUGGCUCCGAGCAACCCGAGCAUCGUGAACACCACUUCAGGCAAGCGGACGAGCACUUUACCUUCGGCGUGCGAUCCAUCACAUCAAUCCUGACCCAGCUCAAUUCUGAAAACUGCCAGAUGAUCUAUGUCUCGGCGGUGCUCAUCUGCCUCGUGUAUUUCGGCCACGGGCCGCCUCCCGGCGAGUAUCUUGUCUUUAGUGAAACAGGAAAGGCGGAGUGGUUGGUUCUCAUGCGCGGCGUGCGGUCUAUCCUGGAGUCCCGGCGUCAGGAGAUCUUCACGGGGAUCCUGGAGCCGGUACCAGGUCCCAGAGUGGACGAGAUCGAUCCGCUGUUACUGGAUGAGCUUGAGAUGCACAAACGGCACAUUCUGGAUGUCAAGCAAUUCAUCAAGCUCAAUGUGGUCGAUGAAAGCACUCGGGACAUGUGUGUUGCCGCGUGUACGAAUUUGCUGUCGACCUUUGAGGAAGUGUACAAAACGCGCACGUUGGGACGGGAUGGUAUAUGUCUGAUGGCUCCUGUUAUCGGAUGGAUUUAUCGACUGCCAGAGUCGUUUGUGAGUCUCCUGGAAGGCAAGAAUGCUUUUGCGUUGGUUGUACUGGCGCAAUGGAGUAUUUUGCUGCGGUAUAUGCAAAGUUCGUGGCUUAUGGUGGGAUGGGAUAGACAUGUGGUUUCUGGGAUUCACAUGUCUUUGAGAGGAGAGUUCCAUCCGUGGGUUGAAUGGCCAUGGAGUGUGAUUUAUGCUUAG